GUAACAUAUUUCACUUUUUAAAUCUUUGUUAAUUCAGCAACCGUCCAUCGUGAUGUCUCUCUCGAAGUUCGCAUGUCGAAGGCGCAGACGCGUGAUAUACGCGGGUGAAACCGCGGGGCACAGCUAGUAGGUAAUAAAUUAAUAGGUGUGUAGUGGCUGCUGGUCAUUCGCCUGCAUUAUUUAAACCGAUCUACGUGGUUUCAUGAAUUUUUCGCCCUUUAAACGCGCACGGCAGGAAUGGUAGCUGAUGCAUUAUUUAAUUCCAGAUCAACACUGGAACCACUAGGUUAAAGCCAUGAGAAACGUUUUGAUUCUUACUUUAUGUAAUUGGGCUUAAAUAAUGGUGCUAGGCGGUGAAACUGGAGAGCGCCCACGCUGGUCGCACGCGUUAUCUGGUGGUAGUAUGCCGGAACGAUGAGGCGGCGUUGCUCGGCAUCGACUGCAACGAGAGGAUCACCGUGGGGCUGGUAUUGCGAGUGCUCGCCGACACCUCCAUCAAGUUAGACGGCGACGGGUAAGAAAUUUAGAAGUUAUUAUGUAUUUAAACAGAGUGUUUAUGACAAGGUUUCUUUUAUAGGAUAAGGGUGACAAAAGAGCACAUAGCACACCUGAUGGUAAGUGGUUGCUGUGACCAAUAGACAUCUGCAUCUAUCCUCGAUUACGAAUCAAAAUGCAAAUGCGUUGUCACCCCUGAGGACUAAGAUGGAAUGCCUCGUUUCCAGUAAAAAUGGUCUCCGGUUCUUUACACUCACCAAAUGAAACACAGCAGGGUUAAGCUGCUAUUUUACGCUGGUACGUAGGUCACUCAAUAAGUUUUGAGAUAUACAAAAAGUAUUCUAGAUACUAUUAAUAUUUAUUUUACAUCUUUUCAAAAUAUUCUCCAUCAUGCUCUAUACAAAGUUCCAUUCGCCUAAACCAACUCUGAAAACACUUGCCAGUCUUGAUCUGACAGGUCGGAAAUCGCUUCUUCGUUGGCACUAGGCAGCCACGGCUUCUUCGGCGCUUGAAUAAAACUUGCCUUUUAUUUUUUCUUUGACUCUUGGGAACAAAAAGAAAUCACUAGGAGCUAAGUCAGGGCUGUAGGGUGGGUGACUUAGAGUUUCAAUACCAUAUUCCUCAAUAAACGCUUUUGUUCUAAGGGACGUAUGUGAAGAAGCGUUAUCGUUAUGCAGCAUGAUUUCCCGAAGCCCGGUCUUUGGUCUUCUCUCCCGUACAGCUUGAAAAGCUUUGGGUAAUACAACUGUAGUAUACCAUUCAGAGUUGACCGACCUACAAUUUUUCAGCAUUGAUGACGACAAAUGUCCGCUCCGCGAAAAAAAAUUAGCCACCAUUUUUUUGCCCACGUUGCGAGGUCUUUGCAGUGUUGUCUGUAAUUGUCCUUCUGAGUAGACCCAUACCGAUGAUUGCCUUUUAUUUUCCGGAUCAUAUUGAUAGAUCCAUGUCUCGUCACCAGUAACGAUUUCUGAAACACGCCUAAAUGUCUCGUUUUCAAAACGUAGACGCAUUUCAUGGCACCAAUCCACACGAGUCUGUUCUUCGCUUUCAAAGAGCAAACGAGGGAUCCAUCGACAACAAAGCAUCCUCACUCCAAGAUGUUGAUAUAGGAUAGUACGAAUGCUCCCCGAACUAAUGCCUAUAAUCUUUUCGAUGUCCGUAUAUAUGAUUCGUGGGUCUUCUCGAACCAACAUUUCAGUAGUCCAUACAUUUUCUGCCGUUACUGCUGUUUGCGGGGCCCCGCUUCUUUGGUCAUCUUUAAGAUUAAUUUUACCCCUUUUGAAUUCAGCAAACCACCUAAAAAUUGUUGCGCGUGAUGGAGCUGAGUCCCCUAACGCUGAUUGUAACAGUUGUAAACUUAAUUGUUCGGUUAAACCAAAUUUAAAAUCAUAAUAUGUAUAUCAUAGCGCGCAAAUGUUCACGGUUAAGAUCCUUCGUUUUAAAUAAAAGCGCGGGAAGCGUUGCAGGAAAAUAAUAGAACUUUGUUUUUUUUUUAAUAUUGAGCAAUUGGCUUAUGAAGAUCUAUUUUAAAAUAAAUUUGCUUUUUCGAAACAUAUAACACGGGUGCGUUGCAUUUUAAAUUUCGAACAUCUCAAAACUUAUUGAGUGACCUACGUAUUCUGUGACAGCAUGGUCCUUCCCCGUUCGAGCCGACCCAUUCGAGCUACAACUAUACCAGUAAUAUAGCUGCAGCAUGGCUCUAACACGUAAAAAAGUUUGGUGUAAAGGAAUCUAGUAGAUUUAUAAGUACCUUUAAUCAUCACAAGAAUUUUUAUGAAAGAUGAAAAUCUAAGAGUUAUAGAGUCUGUUACGAAAGAGAACCCGGGGCGGAAGAGUGAAAGAGUACUUAAAAGUAUAGAUUAUAAAAAUAAAUAAUCCUACAAACUAUUGGUAGAAAAACAUAGCACUCAAACAUUACAUAAAUAAUUUAUUUUAUUUUAUAGAAUCAAUAGCUUUUAUUGAUCUUUUAAGACUACUUGAAGACAAGGUGACACAAGAAAAUCAAAAAAGUUUCUUAGACACUCAAGUCAAGCCAGCGCAGCGGCCCCAAAUCUCGGUUCUCAUUCUGAGGAGACUAAUGCGUUAGAUAUAUAUUACAAUCUUACUGUUUGCGUCGUCCUUACUUACUCGUGUCCAGUGUAAUACUUAUGCGAUAAGAUUGGAUGCAGACUAAUGCAGUGUUAGAUGCGGGAACGAUCACAGUACAUUCUGACUCCUAAACCGAUGAUUAUUUUUGAACCGUGUAUUUUCAAAAUACUCUCCGCUUUUUGUAUUCACUUAACCAUCACUUUUCUCAUCACUUUUUGUAUUCACUUAACCACAUGGUCGUCGUAAUAUAGUUAGUUACAGAAUUAGAAGAAUGUGAUAAUUAUUAGGAUUUAGGGAAGUCCAUGUGCUAUUUUUAUUUUAUUUGUUUUUGUCUUUAAAAAAGGUCCAAUGCACUAGAAAUAUCUCUCGUAUGGUGAUGGCUGUUAUUAUAUAAAUUGCACAAAAAGAAACUUUCAGAUUCCGUGGUGCAGUGGCUUAGCAAAAAGUUGCAGCGCUAAGGACUGCGGCGGGUUCAAUCCCGCAUGGAACAAGUAUUUGUAUGGCCUACGAAAUAAAUAAUUGUUCCGGGUAUUGAUGUUUGUCCUUGUGAAAUUUAAGUACAUAUAUAAACUGCUCCACGAUACAGGAGAACAUCCUAGUGUGGAGGUAAUGUUUUUUUAGGGUUCCGUACCUCAAAAGGAAAAAACGGAACCCUUAUAGGAUCACUUUGUUGUCCGUCUGCCUGUCUGUCUGUCUGUCAAGACCCUUUUUCUCAGGAAAGUGUGGAGCUAUCAAGCUGAAAUUCAUAUCAAAUACUCAAGUCUACUGUCCCUUAGAGCUGUGAAAAAAUCAAACUUCUAAGCCAAUGCAAUCAAAAAAUACAGCCGUUUAUGCCGUAAAUUUUCGACAUUCGCAAGGAAAUCAAAACCUACAGGGUACUUCCCGUGAAUUCACAAUCUUGAAAUUUGGUACGAAGCAACGUUUUAUAGCACAGAUAAAGGAAAAAUUGCGAAAAGCAUAAAUUUUUAGUUACAUCAUAUAAUAAAAAUAUUUUUAAUAAUUUUAAACUUAUUUGUUCGGAACCCUCGCUGCGCGAGUCCGACUCGCUCUUUGCCGGUUUUUUUUAAGAAAAUAAUUAAAAUAAUAUUGAAAGACUUGUUUAGUGCGGCAUUCGGACCAGCAGCAAACACUUAGCCCCUGCGCUACCAAAUCGUCAAAUAUACGUAAAUUUAUGGCUGAAAUUUAACAGAUCGCAAAUUGUCCUAGUUGGUAUCAGGAAAACUAGGUCUUGCCACUUAACGGUUUUAACAUUACUCACACCCAUUGCCAAUAUCUUCGUUCGCUUAUGAAUACACAGUGUAGCAGCCUUCACGUGUGACGCCGAUAUUAUCGUACUCGACACUCGGAGAACAAUUACAAGAAGCUACAUAGCUGACUGUACUCUCGGGUGAACUAUGAACAAUAACUUAUUAAGGAUUCAUUGUCCGCAGAGGGUUCAGCGUAUGUGUGUGCAACCAACAACACAUAUUCAAGCCUGUAUCCGUGCAAGCAAUGUGGUCGGCGCUGCAAACGUUGCACCGCGCCAGCGGGCGCGCGCGCGAGCUGAACCACUUCGCGGGCGGCGCGUCGCACGGCUGGUGCGCGUACUACGAGGCGCGCGUGGACUCCGACCGCUCCUGCCUCAACGAGUGGCACGCCAUGGACUGCCUCGAGUCGCGCCGCCCGCCCUCGCCGGACUCGCUCAGGCUCAAGUCAGUCGCGCCUUCUCAUUCAUUUAUAAUCAUUAUGUAAAUAAUAUUAUAAAAUUCAAGAGACUACUACUGACAUGCCUGAAGAAAAAUUGCAGGAAAUUUUCGAACAUAAAAAAUUGUACACCUGAUUGCGCAUUCUAGGGAAAGCCUAUGUUCAUCAGUAAACUUACGACAAUUGAGUUUUGAAUUUAAGAAGUUCAACCCGGCACACUUUUUUAGACUUCAGCCUAUUGUAUUCUAGUAUGUUAUUCUAGUACGGUACCAUGUAGUGGCGGUGUAAGAAUAUCUAUUACCCCAUAUUCUCCCGAAGGUUUUGCAAGAGCCAACAGAGAGAAAAUAAUUAUAAUUAAUUUGUUACAUUUGAAAAGCUAACCGCCUCACUUGAAAACAUAGCCAGUUUUUUUAUUUCUAUCGGUUGUUUUGAUGUAAGGUUAAAGCUUGUCGAGCUCCCCCAGAAUAUAUAGUAUGUAUAUUAAUGCGUUUUUAUAUAAACUGUUCGAUCUAAUUGGUUCACUGAUGAUUUCGAGCUACUAUGAUAUAAUUUAUUAUUAAAACAAUUAAUAUCACGCUGGCGAAUUCGCAUUCCUAUUACCAAACUAAACGAUGUCGAUGCUCCACAAAUCUUACGUGAACUUUGCGGCUUAGAUAACUUAGACGUACACUAUGCAGUUCAGAAACACUAUAAACACAGACACAGAUUGCUCAUCAUUAGAUCCCACUGUCACGUUAUGCCAUAUGCUCCUUGGCUAGAAAGGCAAACAUCACUAAAACAAGAAAUACCUUGAUGCUAGCGUCCGGUCGUUCCUAUCUUCGGUCGUUUUGUUCUUUCGUUUAACCUCUACUUUGUCUAUAAGCUGGUAGGAUUCCCUUUCUGCCUUGGAAUCCGUCUGCAGCAGCAGGACACUUGCAUUUGAGCGCGAAGAGAGCCAGUACAGUUAUUGACUGAGUUAUUUAAUCUAAGUCCUGAUUGAUGACAACGGCUUUCGAAUAAACAUACAGUCGAAUUAAGUACCUCCUCUUGUUUGAAGUCGGUAGAAAAAGGCAACAACGCUUUGUUGACAGCGUCUACGUGCUGUUUUUGAUUGUCGUUACGACGAUAACUCGACGACUUCCAGCCUCCCGAACAAGCCGGUUUCCGAAAAGGGUUUCACACCACAGACCUUCGGCAAAUUGUACAGAAAAUCGAAGAGUACAAACUGCCAGAAUGUCUUGUGUAUGUAGACUAUGAGAAAGCCUUUGAUGUUGGCCGUUGUUUGAAGUCUUUUAGCCUUUGAAUUUUAAUUAAAAACCUAAUUUGACAUCAAACAUUUUUUGCCCAUUUUUCCCACCCUUAUGGGUGGAAUCUUUUUGUCAAAUUUAUAUAAGACUAUCCCAGACAGUAAUAUUAUCACCUAUUUAAUAAAAAAAUCAUUAUUAAAAUCGGUUUACAGCUGACGAAGAUAUCGCGUAAUAUAC